AUGUAUGAUAAAGAACCAACAACAUUUGAAAUUCAACAAAUUAUAGCAGAACCUUCUGGUUCAACAGGUUCUUCAAAUCAAACCCUUCAAGAUGAUGUAGUAAAUUUAGUUGAUAAUAAUGAAUACCUUAACGUACCUCAAGUUCGUCUUCGAAAAAAUCAUGGAACAGCACCAAUUAAUUAUAGGUUAUCGGAUCGAUAUACUUUUUCAUUUUCUGCUGAUUUGAUUGCGCAGUUUGAUAAGUACCGUGCACAAAUGCGUGAUAGUAUACGUCAAGAAUUGGAAGACAAACAAGAAAUGGAUAUACAAGAAUCAGAAACUUUAGAAACUUUAGGAACUGUAAUAAAUGAUGAGGAAGGAACAUUUAGCGUUCACCAGGUACACCAUUCUCCAUUUGGAUCGAACAUGUAUUCACAAGGUUCAACAAGUCGAGAUAUUGACAGUACACCAAAAUCAACUGCAAGAAAACCAUUCAUAUUCUCUUUCUUACGAGGGCGAACAAAGGCACGACAUGCUUCAACUUUUUCAGAUAUAGAUAAUCAAUCUAUAUCAGCAGUUGAAACUUCUGCUAAUGAUAAUGAGAACAUCACAGUGUCAAAUGAAUCAGACAUACGACAACCUCCACAUCAAAAUAAAGCCAGUUUGACCAAAAG